AUGUGGGAGUUUAUUAGGGACCACCCACUUUAUCCCCGUAUAGUUAGAAUCCUUCAGGAUACGGGUUUCUCCUGGAUCAUAGAGAUCGACCGGUUGCAGAUCGACUGGGCGUUGAUCACAGCUAUGAUAGAGCGGUGGCGACCGGAGACGCACACGUUUCAUCUACCCAUUGGCGAGGCUACCAUCACGCUUGAGGACGUGGAGGUUCUCUUCGGGCUGCCGGUUGAUGGAAUACUUGUAGCUUACCCGCAUGCUCCUAGAGACUAUAGGGGAGUGCAUUACCAACAUAUAUUGCAGCGACUCAUCGAUUUCCAGUCAGCGGAGGAGACUGCAUUAAGUGGGGCAAGUCGAUUGCAGAUGACGCCCGCCCGGCAACAUCUGGCGGCAAUGGAUGCGGAGAUUAUGGAUGAUUCACCAGCGGAGGAUAUCGACUGGCACACGAGAUUGUUGUUGCUGCUAAUGUUUGGUGGUGUAAUGUUCCCGAACACUUCGGGAAACCUAGUGAGCUUGAGAUUUCUACACCAUCUGGAGCGGCUAGAUGAUUUACCUAGUUACAGCUGGGGUGCAACUGUUCUAGGUUACCUGUUUGGGCAUGGGAGCGGUUCAUGCAGUUCCAGCCACCUCUACCACCCGAUGGCUCCGGAUGCACCACCUCCACCGUUUCUCCCUUUUGCUUGGAGGUGGGUUGAUAGGCGGGGCUACGUACGUGAGUUCGAGACUCGACAUCAUCUCCCCUAUUACAGGGAUUUGUUGGAUUUGCUUGAAGGCGCGCAGUUUGUAUGGAGCCCAUACAGCGACGCGCUCAUAGCUGGUUUGACCGAUUAUUGCUCCCGCGACCGAGCUAUGUGGAGCUCUUCUAUCCCACUAAUAUGUCUCGAUAUUGACGAGCAUCAUGCCACUGAUCGAGUCCUUUGCCAGUUUGGUCGACCGCAACUUGUACCUAUUCCGCCCACUUGGCUUAGGACACAUUACCACCGGGAUGAUCGACCAGGGUUGACCAGACAUAUUUGGCCUGGCUAG